AUGGUGCGAUUUCGUCGACCAGCGGAAGACGAUCCCCGGGACAAAGAACCAAAAGUCGAUGAUCCUGACUAUGCAGCCAAGCUCGCACGUUACAAUGCUUUCCUCAAGGAAGGGGGUGUAUACUGCGAGAUCCAGUAUGUAAGGGACGACUUCAGCCUCUUCAUCAGUGUGAUCUCUGAUGCAUAUGGUCCCAAUUUCUUCAGUUGCAUACAGAAGAAUGCGGGCAAUGUGGAGGCAGCCCUUCAAUGGUCCCUGCCCUACAUCCUCGCCUGCCAGGCCUCAGACAAACGACGUCCACGCACGUCAGUUCUGCCUCUGCACGGAAAGUUAAGUCCGUUCUCAUUCACCUAUGAGGGACUUAAGACCAAACGUGCCAGGGAGCUCGAAGAGUUGUACUCCCGUCCUUACGAGGACAUUGCGGUGGAGGAAUUUGUCGAGAAGCUCCCUGGUCCUCAGGUCGAGAAAAUCCACGAGCCGAUGGAUACCUCCGGCAGCGUCAGUGACACUUCAGCGGACAUACCUCAGGGUGAGAUGGCUGAUUCGUCCAAAAAGGACGCCACCAAUGUACCAAGGGAGACUGACGCACCAGAAAGCUCUCCACCGGGAGAGGCAUCUGGAGCAAAGGUCGAAAAAACCGAAGGCUCUCCUCAGGGAGAGGUGUCGGGUGACCAAGAUGUGCACAUGGGUGGUGCCGAGGAGGUCAAGGACGACGACAGGCAUCUGGGGGAGACAGAAAAACGUCAUCGAUCCGGAGGCGUUCUCUAA